UCUGAAGACUCCUCCUCGGGCUUCUAUUUUAAAUGGUCCCUUGCUGACAGUGCCAUUUUCUUUCAGAGAGUGUGAAACUUCUGUGAAACCUGGCUAAAAAAGUUACUGUUCAUCCCAGCUGGAAGAAAAUUCACCUUGUUGCUAGAAGCGGGCUAGCAUAUCAGAUUUAAGAAGUGCUCUACAACCGUGAGAAGCUCGUUUUACGGUCGAGUUCCCUUGAUGCUGAAAUGUUUUCCUGCCAUCCCUUCUCUGAAGAAUGCACAAAGGCGUUGAACCAAGUUGUGGCUUACCACCUGCAUACCUCCCAUGUGUAUUUUGCCAUGGCCCAAAAUUUCAUGACUGCCCAAGAGGAGACUUUUCCUUUCUCCUUUGAAACCCUGGCUGAUUCAAGGAGGGAAUAUGCAAAUAGAUUCCUAAAGCAUCUAUGGACCCGUAACAAAAAGAUCUGCCCUCCAACGUAUGAGAAGGUCGAUAUGAAGGAAAUAACCACACCUAAAAGUGCCUUACAAAUGGCCCAGAAGAUGGAAGAGACAUUAACCAACAUCUUGCUAACCCUAAAGGCUGCUGCACGUCAUGAAUCAGAUCUCUUAAAAUUUUUAACAUCGGUCCUCCGUAAACAAAGAGAGUUUAAGGAGUAUCUGGAAAGGCAACUUUCUCCUCCGCAAAAAGGUAAAAGAAAGAAUGAAAAGGAAGCCCAGAUGGAACAACCUUCUACCUCAUCGGGUGUAAAAGGGCUUAACCUCAGAAGCAAAAGAAGCAAGCCUGGAGAUCAUAAAGCCAUCACCACCUCCAAUUGCUGAAGACUGCUUUCUUUUUCAUUUUCCUAAUGCUCAAUGUUUAGGUAAAAAAUAAAUCUGUUUUGCAUCAUAAA